GGCGGGGGCGGCUGCGGUCCCCGGGCCGAGGCCCCGCUUUGGUUGGCGUCGCGGCUGCGGGUCCCCGGACCUGAUCGCGGGCCGCGGGGGGCGGGGAUGGAGCUGCGGCAGCGCGGGGGCCCGUGCGGGGCGCAGGCCGGGGGGCCGCCCACCGCCACCGCCGCCGCCGCCGCAGGAGGAGGAGGAGGAGGAGGAGGAGGAUCGGGCGAGGGCGCGGCGGGGGACCACGAAGCCGACAGCACCAGCGACAAAGAAACUGAUAUUGACGACAGGUUUGGAGAUGUCGACUCCAGAACGGAUUCCGAUAUUCCAGAAGUUCCACAGUCGUCUGACAGAACCCCAGAAAUCCUCAAGAGAGCUCUGUCUGGUUUGUCUUCGAGGUGGAAGAACUGGUGGAUUCGAGGAAUUCUCACCCUCACGAUGAUUUCAUUAUUUUUCCUGAUCAUCUAUAUGGGAUCGUUUAUGCUGAUGCUUCUGGUGUUGGGCAUCCAAGUGAAGUGCUUCCAUGAAAUCAUUACCAUAGGAUAUAGAGUCUAUCAUUCUUAUGACCUGCCGUGGUUCAGAACCCUCUGCUGGUAUUUUCUGCUAUGUGUCAACUACUUUUUCUAUGGGGAGACUCUGGCUGAUUACUUCGCUACGUUUGUUCAACGAGAAGAGCAACUUCAGUUCCUCAUUCGGUACCACCGAUUUAUUUCCUUUGCGCUCUAUCUCGCAGGUUUCUGCAUGUUUGUACUAAGCUUAGUGAAGAAACAUUAUCGUCUGCAGUUUUACAUGUUCGCAUGGACUCAUGUCACUUUGCUGAUCACUGUAACUCAGUCUCACCUUGUCAUCCAAAAUCUAUUCGAAGGCAUGAUAUGGUUUCUUGUACCGAUCUCAAGUGUCAUCUGCAAUGAUAUCACCGCCUACCUUUUCGGUUUCUUCUUCGGGAGAACUCCACUAAUCAAGCUGUCGCCUAAAAAGACCUGGGAAGGAUUCAUCGGAGGCUUCUUCUCCACGGUUGUGUUUGGAUUUAUCGCUGCCUACCUGUUGUCCCAGUACCAGUACUUCGUCUGCCCGGUGGAGUACCGGAGCGAAUCCAACUCAUUCGUCACGGAAUGCGAGCCGUCCGAACUCUUCCAGCUUCAGAAAUACUCGGUUCCUCCUUUGCUCAGGACGGUGUUGAGUUGGGAAACAGUGAGACUAUAUCCAUUCCAGAUACACAGCAUUGCUCUUUCAACAUUUGCAUCUCUAAUUGGCCCUUUUGGGGGCUUUUUUGCUAGUGGAUUUAAAAGAGCCUUCAAAAUCAAGGAUUUUGCGAACACCAUUCCCGGCCACGGAGGAAUAAUGGAUCGGUUUGAUUGCCAGUACCUGAUGGCUACUUUUGUCCACGUGUACAUCACCAGUUUCAUAAGGGGGCCGAAUCCCAGCAGAGUGCUCCAGCAGCUCCUGGUGCUCCAGCCCGAGCAGCAGUUAAGCAUCUACAAGACGCUGAAAUCCCACUUGAUCGAGAAGGGUAUCCUCCGGCAGCCCUCCCCGCGGGCGUAGCGGGGGCCGGUUCGGGGUUCGGCCGACUCGAGGCGCCGAGGAACCGACCGGGCAUCCGUUCAGGCGAGGGGCUGCGAAUCUGGAGGCGGUGGAGGUCUUUAAGACUCGAACGUUUCUCUGCUGAAAUUACUGUGAAUAUUUAAACGAGCUGAUGACCCGCGAUGUAGAAUUAACAGAUUGCCUGCAAAAAUAUACUGUAUUUUCUCUAACGUGCACCUUCUCCUCUGAUCUCGACAGAGCCUCCCGCGAGGACUUGUUUCAGAACUGUCCGACGUAAUGAGAGGAGUGAACCGAGGAGGCGUUGGGAGGGCGCUGUCGGGCGUGCGGGUGGGCAGCCCCCACCCCGAACGUUAACCUGUGGUACGAAAGACCACCGGUUCUUUCCGGAGUUGUCCGGUUCGAGGCUGACGCAAGCAGAGCCGGGUUCCUCCGUCCAGGGUCGGCGGAGUGGUGGCGUGGCCGGGGAGCCGUCUGCCCCGAGGCUAGUUGGGAAACAGGUCCGUCGAUUUGGGGGAGGGGGCGUUUGUCGCCCGGGGCGGGCGGUCAGUCCGACCGCUUCGAAAGAGACGGCUCCGGCAAACGUUCCCCGGGACAGCCGGUGGAUUCCAUCCUGGGGAAAACGGGGCCGGGGCCGGGCCCGAGGAGGGAUUUCCGGGCCCUCUCUGUGCCGGCCUGUGUCGGAAUUCAGCAGGCGGGGGCAUCCGGGCCAAAACGACGAUAGCGAGCCUCAGAGAGAAUGAGGCCCGGCGUCUGAGCCGUCAUCUUAGCUCAUCCGUCCGGUUUUCCCACCGACCCUCGAAAACGGGUCUCUCCCGGAGUGACUGGGGACUGAGCUCCGCGGUCCGGAGCCGGGCGCAGACCCGGCCCCUCCUGCUGCCCCCCGGCCCGCAACCGGGGCCUCGGGCGGUGUGGGAACGAUCCAUCCGGGCGCAGAAACCAGUCUCCACCCAUCUGGGGUCUUAAGCUUGGUGAAAGGGGUGGGGGCGGCGGAGGGGAUGAAGGGACAUUCCACCCUUUCUCCCAAAGCCCUCGUUUUGCAGGAAACUGGUGCUUCUUUGGGUUAGAGUAGGGAGAGGCAGGCUGGGAAUCAGUUGCUGAGCGAGUGGGGUCCCGCCAGGGCUCGGCCCCUCUGCGCUCUCCCUGGGAAGGUUAAAGCCCUCCGGAAUCAAUCCUCCCCGAAUGGGAGGAACACGUGAACACCUUCUCUUUGGUGGGAGGGACGCCGGAAGCGGAGGCGAUUCAGGUUUUCGGGAAUGAAUGUAAAUAGGCUCCUUUUGCUCGGUGCCGUCUCUGGCCGCAUUUUAUGCUUCCAGCUGGAUUGGAGCUAAAAUUCAGAACUGCUGCUUGCUCUGACUCUGGGCAGGAAGAAAAUAAAGAUGUUUUUAACAAA